CACACGCACCUCUCCCUCUCAGCGUUGUCAGAAGGGGAAAAAAGCUUAUUCAUUACACGGAGCGGAGCAUACAUGCACUGUGGAGCCGCUAUCGUGCGAGGUACUGUAAUCAGCCUCGCUACUAUAUCAAAUUCUGUGAUGCUGAUACUGUUCACACUGGUCAAUCUUUAACAGUGUAGUCAUUUCACCAGCUCAAUUUCUGAAAACUGGACCACGGCUGAGGGAACAGAGCACAAUUCAUUCAUUGAGAGCUUCCACCUGCACACGGGCUAAGAGUGCGCUGCCUUACCUCGUUUAUCUCUGCAACAAAACAGGCUUUUCUGAGAGUGGUGCUCAGUGGAAGCCCUGCCCCAUUCCAGCGUUGAUUGACAGGCUUUGGAGCGGGAGCGCUAGGCCGACCUGGGACCGGCGGUACGGAAGCCAGACGCAGACCGAGGCUUUCGGGUCUUCCACACACUCCAACAGAAGAAUCAGACCGUUUCCGGGAGGGGAAGACGCGGAGGAAGAAGAGGAAUCUGUGGGACAACGAAGCAAAAAAAAAAAAACGAAAUGAAAAGGGGACACGGCAUUCUCCUGAUGUAGAAGAUCAGUUUGGAUUUCGGGCGAAGCGUGUCAGAAGGCCGGAGAGGUUUGUCGCCUGGCCUCGUCCAUUACUGAGACUCUAUCUGUGCAGAGGAGGAGAGAGGAGGAGCCAUGAGCGUGUCCCGCACUGCCCGGCACUGUAUCUCGGCACGGAACCACCCAAAAUGGGGGCCAUGCUAGCCACCAUGCCGUCUGUGCAGCUGUGAUUGCUUUUGAGACUCCCUUCCUCUUCAAGCACUUCCCUCCCUCCUGUUGUUUCUCUCUCUCUCUCUCCCCCCUUUCUCUCUCUCUGGAAUUCAGCCAAACACUUUUGCAUAUUUCUUUUACUCCCUCUGUCAUCCUCCUUUUCUUUCUUUCUUUCUUUUUUUUUUUUUUUAAAGACAACUUACAUAUUUUCCCAUCAUGCAAAGCUUGGUCCACAUACCUGCUCUCCCUGCUCCCCCCUCUUCAUCCACCAUUCUCCUCCUCUUCCUGCCUUUGCUCCUGCUUCUUCGCCUGCCGGGCCAAGCGCGGGCCGACUGCUGGCUCAUCGAGGGCGACAAGGGCUACGUGUGGCUGGCCAUCUGCAGCCAGAACCAGCCCCCGUACGAGACCAUCCCCCAGCACAUCAACAACACGGUGCACGACCUGCGGCUCAACGAGAACAAGCUGAAGGCCGUCUUCUUCUCCUCACUGAACCGCUUCACCAACCUGACCGACCUCAACCUCACCAAGAACGAGAUCGCCUACAUCGAGGACGGGGCCUUCGCCGGGCAGGCCAACCUGCAGGUGCUGCAGCUGGGCUACAACAAGCUGACCAACCUGACGGAGGGGAUGCUGCGGGGUCUGGGGCGGAUGCAGUGCCUCUUCCUGCAGCACAACCUGAUCGAGAUCAUCGCCACCAACGCUUUCUGGGAGUGCCCCAGCCUCAGCAGUUUAGACUUGUCCUCCAACAAGCUGGCCCGCCUGGACCCCUCCACCUUCACCAGCCUGACCCGGCUGAUGGUGUGCGAGCUGGCGGGGAACCCCUUCCACUGCGGCUGCGACCUCUUCAGCUUCCUCACCUGGCUGGAGGACUUCAACAACGUCACCCACACCUACGACCGGCUGCAGUGCGAGACCCCACGCGAGCUGUUCGGCUUCCCCCUGCUGAGCCCCGUGACGGGUCACGGGCGGAGCGCACGCACCAUCCUCGCCUCCUGCCGGGAUGGGGUGUACAUCCCCGGGAUGACCUCCCUCCCCCCGGACUCCGAUGCCUCGGGCCUGGGCCCGGACAUGUCAGACCGCAUCGGGCCCUACCACCAGACCACCAUGUCCUCGGUGGACCCCUCCUACAUCCCCAGCAUCAAGCUGCAUCACGUCUCGCUCUACUCCGCCUCGCUGCUGGUGCAGAUCCCCCGGCCCUACAGCAAGAUGUACAUCCUGGUGCAGUACAACGACAGCUACGUUUCGGACGUGAUGAACCUGAAGAAGAAGAAGGAGCUGAUCACCCUGGACAAGCUGAAGGCCCACACCAACUACACCUUCUGCGUGGCCUCCAUCCGGAACUCGCAGCGCUACAACCAUACGUGCCUCUUCUUCUCCACCCGCACGCAGAACCCCGACGAUAUGGGGCCCAGCUCCUCCACCACCACCCACUACAUCAUGACCAUCCUGGGUUGCCUCUUUGGGAUGCUCGUGGUCCUGGGGUUGGUGUACUACUGCCUGCGCAGACGGCGCAGGCAGGAGGAGAAGCAGAAGUCCAUCUGCGUCAAGAAGACCAUCCUGGAGAUGCGGUACGGGCCCGAGGCGGCGGCGGUCGUGGCGGCGGCGGCCGAGCCCCCCACGAUGCAGAGGCACCACGACCAGCCGCACCACCACCACCACCACCACAGCAAGCUGCCUCCCUCUGCCUCCUCCAGCAUGGGCAUGCUGCACAGCUCUGCCAACACCAGCUCUUCCCGCCUUUCCUCCAUUCCGCAGGUGGAGAAGAUGGCCACCGCCUUCUCCGAGGCCAUGGCCGCCAGCAAGGGGAACUACAUGGAUGUGAGGACCUCUGGCCCAGGGGAGGAGCGUGGGAAGGACGGGAUGGCGAUAGGGGCCGGGGAGGACGACCUUCGGGAAGACGAUGGGAGCGACAUCGGGGAGGACUCUGACGAUGAGGGCAGAGGAUCCGCUUCAGAGAUCUCCACCAUUGCCAUGGAGGUGGACAAAGUCAACCAGAUCAUCAACAACUGCAUCGACGCCCUCAAGCUGGACUCGGCCGCUGUGGCUGCUGCGGCCGCGGCGGCUGCCACCACCACCGCUAACGCCACUUCCCCGCCACCGACCUGCAUCUCCUCUCUAACGAGGGGCCUCAUUCCGCUCCCCCCCGGUAUCACUGAGGGCUGCCAUGUCAUGCCGUCCCCCAAAAUACCUCCUCCGCCGCCACUUCCUUUCUCCCUUCCGCUGUCCGAGCGGCCCGGGAUCAGCGGUGGGGGUUUUGUAUCACCCCCGUAUCGCCCCCCGCCACCUGCCACUGCCAUGCAGCCAGUGCAGCGGCAGGUGAGCGCAGACGCCGCGAUGAUGGUGCUGGGCAACAUGAAGAAGCAAUGUAGCAUCUCCUCCGGCGGCUCCAUCAAAAGCACCCGGGUCUUUAGCCUGGAUGUCCCGGAGCCAUGCAGCCCGGAUCAGUGCCAAUACCAGGAGAAGAGCAGUCCCGCGGGGUGCGGGGAGCCACUGGAGACGCUUCCUCUGGUGGGGGCGGGAGGAGGUGGCGGCGGCGGGGGCGGAGGUGGAGGUGGAGCGGGCACUGGUGCUCAGCAGCACCUAGAGGUGCACCCAGACUACCACUGUGCGGAGCACCGCCACUCCUUCCCCGCCCUCUACUACGAGGGCUCCGCCGACUCCCCCAGCCAGAGGGCCUCCUUCCUCAAGCCCCUCACCCGCACCAAGAGGGACGCUGCGUCCUACUCCCAGCUCUCCCCCCGGCACCACAACUACUCCGGCUACUCCUCCAGCCCCGAGUACACCUCCGAGAACACGCUCCGCAUCUGGGAGCGGUUCCGGCCCUACAAGAAGGGCCCCCGGGAGGAGGCGUGCUACGUGACGGCGGGAAACGCCCUGCGCAAGAAGGUCCAGUUCGCCAAAGGGGAGGACCUGCACGACAUCCUCGACUACUGGAAGGGCGUCUCGGCGCAGCAGAAGCUGUGAUGCGUCCGGACUCUUUGGGCAUCAGAGCGGGCCCCGUUCCUGAGACACUGAUCCUUGUGCUGAGACUGGAUGGUCUGCCUUUGAUUGACAAGGUGAUGGGUAAUGAACCCACCCCUUCCUGCACCCCACUCCCCCUUCCAAGAAUCAUUCAUGCUUGGUUUUUUCGGUGUUAAGUGUCAGUGUUAACUCACUGAAUAACUAGAAGUGAGACAUGCUGUAGGGCCGUUAUAGUGUUAAUUAGGUGCCAAAUGUGGGGUAAUGGUACAGAUUAAAUUCAUAAAUCAAGCGAAUUCACAGCAUUCCUUGUAUGUUUUAUCUCUCUGGUUUGCUGGCUGGAAUCUUCUCUGGGAGAAACCAAACACAGCCAAUUGUUAGUGUUUAUUUUUGUGACUACAGGGGAAAGUCUGGCCUGAUACGUGAACCCGUGUGCUGCGCUAGUUCUGCAUUUUUACCCCCGACGCGCGUCCCGCUUUGCGUGCGGAACGCCGCGUUCGUUUUUUCCCCAAACCGGUGAAGCGUAAGAAUUUUUCCGUACCACGCCGCUCGUCUCGAAGCCGAAGAAAGCCAUCAGGAAAGGGUUUCCAUCUGGAGACGCCGCCCGACGCACCCCGGUGCGCAUGUCAGGGCGGCCAGUCAUGCGUCAGGAGCACCUCGGGGGGCUCCGCAACGGAGACCCGGAAUCGAGGUCUUUGUGAGCUGCAGGGCGGAGGCGCGCGCUACAAUGUAGGGCAGCGCAUGGGGGCAGUGGGCGGAGAUCGCGGGCAGCCUGGCGUGCCGUCCUGUAAUGGACUCGCGAGGGUGAAGCGGCCCUCAGGCCUGUGGCUCUGCGGUCUGCUCUGCCAUCCUGUUCCUGCAGAACACUGAGGAACCGGUGUUCUGUGUAGGAGGGAGUGUGGCCAGUUCCAAGUAGCUGUACCUGCACCCAAACUCAGCACGCUUGCUACCGCCUGGGAGUUCUUUGGUUGCAUUUGUGCUCGAAUGGAUGUUGAGAAUUGCGGGACGUAGUCCUCUAUGACUGAUGGCGCGAUGGCGACACUUGGAUUCAGUCUACAUUUAUCAUAAAUUUUUACUUACAAUUAAGAGCCGGUUCAGCAACAGUUGAACUGUCAAAAUUAUCUGAUCUUUAUUUAGUAAAUAAAUGCACAUUUGUAACAUUACACCCAAGUUAUGGCGCAAUGUUAAUUGAUUUUUCGCCUUUGUCUCAGAGAGAAGCAAGACCUGGCAGAGCGUGAUUCCGCAGACUGUUCUGUGCAUCAACAGUGAACAUCUCAGUGAGCAUGUUGGGUUACUGCCAGCAUUUUUGCAUAGCACUUGUUGAUGCAGUAUCACAACGCUUACUGAAUCUGAGCAGAAAACUCUGGCAUAGAAGCCCUGCUCAUCCAUGAAGCUGAAACCAAUCGUAUAUUUUCGGUCCAAGUUUUAUUGAGCGCUUU